AUGUACUAUGGUAUCAUGCUAAAUUUCGUCUCCGAAACCGACCCCGUGGACGAAUCCACAAAAUCAAAGCUUCGAUCAAAUCUCUUGCUCGCCCUCAACGAUGCCAGACUCCACCUCGAACCCAGCGAACUGAACAUCCAGGCAUUGCUUCUGCUCGCUCUUGAUGUUGAAGAGUUCACCACUCCAACACUUUGUUGGAUGAUGGUCACAAAUGCAUGCAGGAUGCUGCAGGCGCUGGGUGUGAACCACCGCCGAUUCGACUCUCCAACCCGAGACCGGCGCGUCAUGAUGUUUUGGCAUUUGUAUCUGGUGGAUAUUGGACUGGCUCUCAUCUUUGGCAGAUCUCCUGCCUUCCACCGCGGAAUGCCGAUAGAGAUACCCGUCCCAACGAUAAAGCGGAUCUUUUCGUCUCAGCAAGAUACUGACCCGUCUGACACACCAGCGUUGUUCGGAGUGCAUUACAUCAACCGAAUGUUCCUUCUGUCACUCAUAAUGGGUGAUAUCUGGUAUUAUCUUCAUGAAGAUCUGAUGCCUGAUUACAAGAACAUCGAAUCAACCAGCGAGAGUCUUGAGUCCUGGUAUCUCAGUACAAUGCAGAUUCUCGAAGCUGCUUCUCUCACAGAGAAACCACUUCUCGCCCCCAAAGAUGCUGCUGCCAUUGACCUGGCUCUGAGAAACGUCAGUUUCCAGUACGAGUACCUCUAUAUCCUCCUCGCUCGAUCUUCACCCCGGAUGAGAGUCCAGUGUACUGAGUCGUCGAAACGGAUGCUUUGUCUGCUCGAGAAGAUGGGGUCGGACGAGUCCCAAGGUUCAGCUAACAGCAUGGUAUGGCAUCUUUUGUGUGCACCCUUUACGCCGUUCUUGGACCUUUUCCGCGAACUUAUUUCGAAUGGCGCGGGCGGAUCGGACGACAGCCGGGCAGCACUGGCAGCCAUGGAGCACCUCCCUGUCUUCUUGGGGAAGAUGAGCUCGAGGAACUCGCUCGCCGCCAAGCUCAAGAGUGUCGCUGAGGUUCUGGUGCAGCAUGCCCGAUCGGUGGUUAACCCUCAAGACCACAACACUGCCAAUCCAGUGAUUCCUCCUUUCCUAGCAGAACCAGUGUCCGAUCACUGGCCAAACGCUCUGAGUUGGGAUUCAUUCUUCAACUACAACAUGCAUUCCCCCGAUCUUAACUACAAUCCGCAGACAGAGAACGUUGGUGCUGAGCCGACCGAUCUGACAACAUGGACGAAUGACUUCUUCGACAACGCUUUUGUGGACUGGACGGGGUGGAAACCUCGAGUCUGA